GACGGUCAGGAGAUUAUGAGCAGAAAGUUAUGAAUUUCGUGCGAUGAAAGGGCUUCCCCAGUCAUACAAUACGCUAAUACACUUGUAGGAAUCCUCGGAGAACGGACCAUUAACUUGAGAGCUGCCGUGAUCGAAGCAGCCCCUCCGUAACUACCACAAUUGUACUUAGCUGUUGCAGUUCUUGAGAAGUAGGAAGUGUGCCUCUACAGGCCGAGUAAUUUUGUGACUCCUUUUGUAUUUAAGUAUCUCGGGCCUGUUCGAAUCCCACAAUUUUUUAUUCGUUUAUAUUAUUCGAAAAUCGAUUCAAAGAUUUCGAUCAAGUUUGUUCAAGGAGCGAGUCUUCAAAAUGAGGACCACUUUGGCAGGAAUCUGGCCGGAGGGUGUGGUUUUUGCAGCAGUAAUUUUUGCCUCCACAGCGGCGAACUGCCCUUCUUUCAGAGAAUUCUUUUCAAAAUGUAAGAAGGAUUCACCAACUUUCGACGGAUGCUUGGUAAACCAAUUGAACAGAGUGAAGCACUGUUAUUCUCACGGUGAUACCUCAUUGGGGAUUCCAUCUUUUGAUCCCAUCAGAUAUGGUGACGCGAUUGGAGAACCGGUGACAACAACUAUGCGCUACGGCAAUUUAUUCGAUUGCAAACUCAUACUUCCAAAUUUAACUGAGUGGGCAUGGUCCAAUUCAACUUACACUAAAGUCAAGACCGAUUUCAAACGUAAAAUGGUGCAAAUUUACCAGACCGUACCGCUGAAGCAUGUGAAAUCCGACGUUAUUGGUAGUGGUGAGAUCUUGGGCGUCCCUUUCUUCCACAGGAAGGGAGAAGCUGUUCUCAAUAUGAUUGGAGUGAAGCAAAAGUUCACGAUCCAAAUGCAACCAAACGGGCAACUUAAGGUGAAUUUGGCCAUUCUUAGUUUCAACGAUAUGGCUUUGGCAUCUCGAGGUCUCCUUCACGACGAAUUCGUAGAAAAAGUAAUCAACAAUUUGAUGAGACGCUUUUGGAGACUAGGAUAUCCUUUCUUCCAAGGCUUCGCGUAUGAAAUAUCAGACAAAGCUAAGACCAUGCUGUUCAACCAACUCUUCAAACAAAUAGACUGGGAAUCCCUCUUCGGACAAUCUUUUCCAGGGGCUCCUACUCAUAUCAGGCGAUAGAUUUAUUUUGUAUAACUUCCUUACUUUCUCACUAAUUAGAUAGGAGGAUACUGUGGUCUAAAUUUCAUUGUAAAUAUGUAAUUACUGCUAGUUAAGCUUCAAACGCGAUUUUUUUUUUAAAUUUCUUGACCUACAACAUAUUUAAGUUACAUUUCUCACACAUCAUCAUCAUUCAACGUGGUUGUAUGAAUUUCACUCCAUGGUUUUUUUUAUUUUUUUAUGCGUGCGCGUCAAAAAUUACCGACGUUUUUGCUCACCUCAAAUUAAUAUUAUUUUAGUGGCUUAUCAUUUAUAUAAUUGUGUACGAGUUCCUUGUUGACAAUCAUUUUGUCAUUUCAGUGAUCAUUAUUAAGUAAAAUUUUGUAUAAAAAAUAUAAGUAUAAUAAACAGACUUUAAUUAUCCUA